AUGAUUGCUCAAGUGUUUAUCUUCGUAGCCAUAGUGAAUCAAGUAGGGAGUGAUUUACAGGCUAGUGAUUUUUAUGUCACCGGUUUGCCUUUUUUGCCAAAAGAGGCUUCUUCCAUUCGUAUGCAUGCUGGACAUAUACCUGUCAAUUCGCAACAUCAUGGAGCCUUAUUCUUCUGGCAUUUUGCAAGCAAAUAUGCUGGAGACAAACCAAGAACAGUGAUUUGGCUUAACGGAGGUCCAGGUUGCAGUAGCCUGAUUGGAGCUUGGCCAGAAAUCGAUCCUUUCCGCUUUCAAAACAAAACUACAAUAGUCGAAAAUAAUGGCUCUUGGCAUAUGUUUACCAAUCUUUUGUUCGUAGAGCAACCUGUCGGCACGGGCUUUUCCUACAUUGAUACAGACUCGUUUAUUCAUGAACUCGAUGAGAUGACCAAUCAUUUCCUCAAUUUUCUCGAUCGUUACAUCAAAAUUUUCCCAGAACUCCUUCAAAACGAUAUUUAUUUAGCUGGCGAAUCGUUUGCUGGUCAAUAUGUUCCGUACAUCGCACAAGCAAUUCUUGCGAAACGAUCGGAAUUGAAAUUGCUUGGUCUUCUGAUUGGAAAUGGUUGGAUCGAUCCUGCGAGCACUUAUGAAUCAUAUUUACCUUUUGCAGUUGCAAACAAUCUAGUAGAAAAUAAUUCUGUACUCUAUCAUAAUAUUGCUGCUCAAACAAAAAUAUGUCUGCGGAGACUUUCUAAUGAAACGCAUGUUUUUGAGAAAGCAUGUGAAUCUAUCCUGUCUGAAAUAAUGAAGAACGGCGCAAUGAAUAAUCAUUACCCUAACAAGACAACCGGUAGAUGUGUCAACGUCUACGAUGUACGAUUAGACGAUACUUGGCCUGCUUGUGGUACGAAUUGGCCAGCGGAUAUUGAAUAUGCUACACUUUAUUUGCAUCGAACAGAUGUUAUGUCACGUAUUCAUGUUGAUGGUAAGAAAGCAGGAUGGACUGAGUGUGCCGACUCUGUUUUUUAUACAUUUCGAGCAUAUCAUUCUAUACCAUCCAUCAAACUAUUGCCUGAUUUACUCCGACAAAUUCCAAUUGUACUUUACAGUGGUGAACGGGACUUUAUUUGUAAUCACUGGGGAACAGAGAGAAUGAUGGAUGCUAUGACUUGGAAUAAUCGUACUGGUUUUGAUCUUGGAAAUAAAACAUUAGCUCCACUAGAGCCAUGGAUAGUAGACGAUGAACCUGCAGGUCUUAUUCGGACUGCACGUAAUUUGACUUAUAUUCUAUUCUACAAUGCUAGUCACAUGGUGCCCUAUGAUUAUGCACGUCGAUCGAGUGCUAUGCUACACCAAUUCAUAAAAUUGAACUUGUUAUCUGAUUCAGAUAAAACAACGAAAAAAAACAAUGUUGAAACGAUGAAUCUGAAAAAAAGUCGCGCUGGUUUGAUUGCACUUGCUUUAAUCAUAACUACCAUAAUUCUUAUUGGUCUUACUUCAUUCUUUGUAUGCAAACGUCAGCAGAUUCGCAUGCACCUACCGGUUAACACAACUCGUGUAUUGUGGUCGACUCGUUGUCGCGAUGUUGAUCUACAGCCAUUAGUAGUGUGCUCACUUCUAGUUGAAUCAAAAGAAAAUGUUGAUGGAUCAGAUUGCUCAACACUUGUCUAA